UCGUACGAAAUAAAAUAAUUUCGUACGCAGUCGGUGAUAUUUACAAGUAAUAUUUUGCUACUGUUUUGACAAAUAGAGUACUUUAACUUACAUUUUCUUUCUAAUAUAAACUCACUAAACUGCUGUAGUGAUUACAUAUCCAUGUUCGAGUUUAUUUGAUGAAAAUGUUGUAAUAACUGUUGCACUCGGCAUUCAGUGACUACUUGACAAAAUAUGGUCGUACGUUUUGCCUGAACAUAUAAGUGGUGAUGUGUGAGAAGACUGAAGUUAAUUAUUUGGAUGGGGAGGUGGUAUGGGUGAAGCUUGGUUCCUGCUGGUGGCCAGGCGAGGUGGUUGGUCCGGAGAAGCUGCCACCAGAUGUCCUGCCAUCAUUUCGGAAACCCCCAAUAGCCGUUGUCAAGUUCUUCCAGGAGGACACAUAUGAAUAUGUCAGAAAUGCAAAUUUAAUCUACAAAUAUGACUGCAGCCGUAAACAUGAAUUCAUUAAUAAAGGCUUAUACAUGUUCCGAACCAAACAUGGUCCAAUGGAGAAGUUUCCAGAAGACGUUAUUCGUGCUGAGACUGCUAUCGGAGGUGACAUAGAAAUCCUUACAAGAGAUGAGUUCCAAGAACAAAAGAAGGAAAGCUAUGCUGGCCUGUUCGGUGACCCUGUCAAGCGUACACCAGGCUCUGGUAAAAAAGGAAAGGGUGGACGAGGGAGAUCGGCUGAGCCAACAAGAGUUUCAACUCCAAUAAGAAAGGGUAAAGAAAAAGCCGAUUACAAAGUACAUAUUCUGCUGCAAGGUUCAAAAACUCCAACUACCGACAACCAGACAUCAGAAACAGUUAUAGCAACACCAUCCACAAGUGCUGAGCCAACUUCAGAUAACAAAGACGACACCCCUGUAGAACAAGAAGAUGAAGAAAAAGAAAAACCAGAAGUGAAAGAAAAACCUGUUACAAGCUUCUCUACUCCUACUGCUUCAAGCUCCGGAAUCUAUGCCUGCCACGCAUGCCCAUUUACGACACAGCGUCUCAAUGUUCUCAUUUUACACAACAAAACACACAGUGUCUCAUUCACACCAUACACACCAUCACCAGUGAGGAAAAAGCCUGUUACAAAGGUGGCAUCGAAACCCUCUCCUAAACCAACAACAACACCUAAAUCGCGAAAACCGAGAAAAGAGAAACCAGAGAAGGAAGUCAAGAAGUCAGAAAAAUCACCAAAUAAUAAAAAGCGUGCAGCGGACGAAGAAGGCAACAAUGCAGAAACUAAAAAAGUCAAGACAAAUGAAGAGAUCAAGAGCAGCCUUCUGGCUGAUUGGGAUGAUGGAGAUGAAGAAUCUAAUGACGAAUCCUCAACUAUAGUUAUGGCUGGGUCGCCUGAGGUACCCGAAGCCGCAGAAUCUCCUGCUGUGCCAACAUCAGCUGAACUGUCAAGUGUGCAAAUACUGCCCGAACUUUCGUCACCUACUGAAAAGAAGUCAAAUAGUUCACCUACCAGCGAGAAACCUGAAUCCUCCAGUGAUUCUAAAUACGAGUUUUGUGAAGACGAAGACUGGCCCUUGGAAGCGGAUGCAGGAAGAAAAAUCCCCCGCGUGAAAAAUCCAAAACGUAAAGAAGACACAAAGAGCCUUAGCUUAGAUGACGAUGAUAUGGCUCGAGAAGUAGCCGAAUUACUCAAUAAAACUACUGUGCCUGACUUGCCGUCGGCACCAGAACCACUAAAGGUCGAGGAAAAUUUUCCUGAGCCUUCCAUAAUCAAAUCCCCAGACAAACUGGAAAAAUCUCCUGAUAAGUCAGAAAAACCGCCGGUUGAUACGCCACCUACUAAAGCAAUAUUUAAAACUAAAACAUUUUUUCGAAGCCGACAUUCUAGAAGCCAAGACGCCAUAGGAAAAUACGUGGCUGAACAACUAAACGCAAACGCUGUUGAAAGGAUGGAUAUAUCUGAAAGUGAAAUUAACGGUUCAGAAGCCGUCUCAUCACCUGAGGCGAGAGAGUCACCGCCAGUCGAACAUGUCAAGGUUGCGCGUUUAGCACCAAAAAUACAACUCAAGAAGAUGAAAGCUGAGCUUCGCGAAAAAAGUAAUUUUGAUAAUUUUGGAGAUAUUCCGGAUUUAUGCCAAUUUGCUGAUGUUGUACCAAGUACUAUCAGUCCAACAAUAGUUACGUACCCCGGUAAAGAGAAGACAGAGAGAGGGUUACAAGACGUUUUGUACCCCACACAAGAAAUUAAACCUGUUAAUACAGACACACCGGAGCCUAUAAAAGUAUUGGCAAAUAAAGCAGAGCCAGAAAUAAUAAUGAGUACUAAUCAAUCUGAAAUUGAUGAGGACAUUACGUACAAACAGGCGAUUACAGAGGAGACACUAAGCAGAACCGAGGUUCUUAUGGAGCCAGAAAUUGAUGAAAUCAUAAGUCAACCUGCAAAUGUAGAAACCUCAAGUAAUCUUGAAGAGAUCUCGACAAAGACUCUGCAUAUUGAAGAAACCGCGAAAACAAACGAGAUGGAAGAAACAGGAACAACAGUUGAAGAAAUGGAUACUACAUAUAAUACAAUUCAAGAUGAAGAGACAAAUGAACAUAAAGCUGAAAAUGUACCAAUGGAACAGGAAAAAGUUAUAGAAGAAAAAAUGGAUUCAGUUGAAGAAGUGAACAACAUUGUAGGAAGUGCAGCGCCUGUUGUUAAAUUCCCAGAAACAAGUCUACAAAAGGCUUAUGAGCCUUUUAUGAACGAAUCUACUGCUUCUGCUGUAGAUGCACUACUAAGCGUUUCUAGAGAGGCUGACAGAGUAACCAGAAUCAUCAGUGAUGAUCCCCCUGAAGAUUUGUUUGAAGAUGAUAACAAAGACAAUAGUGGGACAAGCGCUGAUAUGAAUGGUUACAGUGAAACAAGUACAGGUAAUAUAUUUAAUAAUGUCAAUGGAGAAAAGGACAUAGAGCAAGAAAAGUAUACAGAGGAGACUCAAGAGCUUAAGAAUGACUUGAAUAUUAGUACUGCUAAGAAUAGUUCGGAAGUGAUAGAAGAUAAAGUAAGCGUAACUGAUGAAAAUAUUGUAACAAAGUCUAAUGAUAUGUACAUUAUAAUGAAUAACCAAGAGGAAAUUAGUGAUAAAUCAUUGAAUACUGUCGUUGAAAAUGCACCAAGUGCUAUUGAAAGUAUUCCGUCGGAAUCAGAUCUGCAAAUCGCUGAGACUCUUAUAAAUUUACCGUCUACAGCGAUUCAACUAAAAACUUCAAGUAAUCAUGGUACAGAGAAUUUACCAGUUGAUGAAAUACUCCAAGACGAACUCCCAUUGGCGCAACCGGCAGACGAAAUUGUUUUAGAGGAGAAAACUGAAGAAGUUAUCACAGAACCCGAACCAGUAGUACACCAAACAAAGUCCCUUUUAAUUUCAAACAACGAAAACAUACUUCGAUUUGAAACUGAACAAGAGAAAAGUGAAAAUUUGAAUGCUGCUCAAUCCCUCGUCCAGAUGUCAGAGUCUAUUGACCAUAAAAUUAAUAUGGAACACAGUUUACCAAGUACUAAAAACAAGAAGGAUAUAUCGGAUAAAGGUGUGUUUAACCUUAAACAUAAUAAUAAUUUAGAUAGUAUAAACGCAGUGGAACAAAAAAUUACAGUUAAAUCCAACGAUCUCGUCAGAGAGAACACUAACGGGAAAAAUACGAAACUGGAAAAUUCAUCAUCAAAACUUUUGAAGAUUUUAGAAGAACCUUGCGCACCUAAGUACACCGCCCCUAAAGCUGCGUCAACUAAACAAAUAAUUACUGGCAAAGAAAAGAUUUUGAAUUUUGAUGUUGCCAAAACUACCUUCAAACCAAAAUCCACUUCAGAUUCACCGAAACAAAAGAUAAUAAUUAGACGCACAACGCCAAACAAAAAUAUAAACGAUAUGGCUGAAACGACGACGGCGGAUAAAAUUAUCCUGUCACGCAGUAACAACCCUGCGCAUGACGGGUCUGUACAAACGUAUACUAUACAAACAUCACCUGAAGCACCAUCUGAUGCAAAUACAAUAAUAAUACAGCAAAAGAUAAGAAAGAUUGCUAAACCUCCGGCAAAGCUACAGAAAAUUAAACCUGCUAAUUCUCUAAUACCUCCAUUAAACGAAACAUCCAAAAUAAUUAACGACUCAAGCACUGACGACGUCAUGUUCGAUAUAAAUUCAAUGCCGAUCGUACUGUCUGAAGAUCUGAUUACUCCAGAAAGCAUUGAGAAAAUGCCCAUUGUAAUGUCGGAUGGUAACAUCAUAACUCAUACACCAAAUCCACCCAAAUUAGUGAAGACAAAAAGUGUUGAAAACGAAAAAGUAGCUAUAAGUGCAACACCCAAUAAAUCAGAAAUGAAGACCUUGCUCAUGAAUCCAGUGGUGAGUGAAGUUAGUAAGGUUAGCACUCCAAACAUCCUUUCUAAAUCUUCAAAACUUCGAGGAGCUAAACCAAUGCUAAUAAUUGAUAAGGCGACUGGAAAACAGAAGAUUAUAAUGGCUAAAGGUGAUUCUCCUCAGGUGAAAGAAGUAAAACAAACACUAAUACAGACGGUGCCACAAAACACCGCAAAAUCGGAAAAGUUUAUAAUUUUACCUACUCCCAGUUCCCCGCGACCUGGCAGAACGCAGAAAAUUGUUAUAGAUCCUCAAACAGGAAAAGCUCAUGUGCUUGUAGCCAAAGGAUCAGAGCCUCAAAUAUCUUCUACGGACAAACCUGUUUCGGCCAAGUUAAUUCCCUCCUCCACAGAUGCUACUACGCCCGGAAAUACAGUUAUGAUAAUUACAAAUGCUCAAGGUGCGCAAUCAAGAAUAGUCCUAACGCCAGAACAUGAAAAAAUGCUAUUCCCAAAGAAACAACAGCCAAACGUAUCACAAUUAAAGACCAUAGCUCAUAGGAUAUCGACAAAUUCUAAUAUUGCACAGAAAACGGUUGUUUCUACAAUAGCAUCAACGAAAUCUCAUAAUGCUGGACCUGCUAAAACCCAAACCAGAAUAGUACCUAAACAAAAGAGUGCAAUUAUAACAUCCAAAGGGCAGUUAAUUGUAGGAGGAAGAGUAGCAACCACAGCUCAGAAUAUUGCUCCUAUGCCGGAAAUUAGGCCUGUUCCUAAACGCAUAAUGGCAUCUGAACCCAAAAAGCUAGUGCAAACUAUUCAGAAGAAUUCAUCAGAACCAUUGAUAUUCUUACAACAAAAAUCGGGUGCGGUUAUGCAGCUUACUGCAGCGCAAUUUGAACAUCUUCAAAGAACCGGUCAGAUUGUACAAAAGACAACUGCUCAAGAAAACAAAAUGAUCGUUCAAAAAACUAUUACUAUAUCACCAAGCGAAUCGGGCAUGACUCCAGUGCAUAGGCCGAGGGUACGCAAAACGGUUUCAGAGUCUCCAACACCAUUGAAGAAGAUUAAACAGGAGAUAGCCAUAGCGCCCGCUCCUCCACCUCUGUCACCGAUGCCAGCCUUAGCUCCGUUGAGUAGUAAUAUUCCUCCCACUCUCGUGCCAUCAGCGUCGAACACGGUGUCUGUUGCCUCUACAACUUCCUACCCAGAAUUUGAUAAUUUUGAAGAACUUUUACCUUCAACCGCAAUCGUAAAACAACAACCGGAACCUGCGGUCAUGCCUGUAGUUCAGCAGCCUGAGCCGGCCGGAGCGCCGGCGACGGCCUCCCUGUCGGACGGGCAGCUACUGGCGGUGCCUGGUGAACACUUCGGUGGACCAAUGGGCUCGUUCUACCUUUGCAUAGAAGAAAACGGGACAUUAACACCUAUUGACAAUCGGCCCCUAGUCCUAGAGAAUAAUCAGCUAGUCCCUAUGACCUUAGAACCUCUACCAGUCUUAGCAGCGACACAACCUGAGCGUAGAGACAUUCUUGAAGCUGCAUUAGCAAAUAGUGACGUUUUCCACGCUGAUACGGUCCGUGAUGAGGCUCCUGAUUUCCGUGAUUUAAACGCAAAUGUAUCAGUGCAUUGCAGAGUAUCCGAAACAAGCACCACACUUAACCAGCCGCCUAUUAUGACGCCUGUAGAGGUUCCUACCAAAGUGGACAGUGAACCGAAUGUGCCGUCUAAUUUAGAGGACGGACUCGCCGUCAUCGGUGUUACACCACCGACGGUACCAACUUCACUCGAGUUGCCCAUCACUGUGACCGACCCCAGAAUAGCUCCUGCUAAGACGACGGACCCAUUAAGCAGCAAUAAUUAUAGGUCUGGAUCUCUAUUACCGUCACCUAACACUGAAAUGACUUUCGUAACCACGGAAGAAGCGGAAGUGCCGAUGGGUGGGCCUAUUUCAAUGCCACUGCUUACAGAGGAAGAAUCUGUUGGUAAGUCUAUGCCAAUAUUGACAGACGACAUAGCGGAGAGGACUGUGUCUUCAGUGGACUCGACGGUGGGCUCUCCAUCAUCCAUCGACGUGCGGGAGUCGGAGACUGAAGAGGGUGGCCAGUGGACGCGGCGGCUGCUCACUCCCGGCUCCGACUCUUCGGAAACCUCAUCAGAAAUCCCGCUGCAACCUGCCAUUCAACUGUCUGUUACAGAACUCUCUCGGCACAGCUAAACAUACGAGAACAGUUGAACAUUAACAUCACUUGAGGUUAAAGUUAUGUCAGUUGUAUUUUGGUGUUCUUAGAAUUUUAUUUAUUUGUGCCUACUUCAUAACUACAUUGUGUUACUAGUGCAAUAGAUUAUUUAAACUUGUUUCUUUGUUCGAUCUUGGCGUGUCAAGUCCAUAUUUUAUAAUAUAUCAGAUGAAUUGUUUUAUAUUGUCGUGCAGGUCGCCGAUGUGGCCAACACAUACGUUUUAAACUUUCUUGUUGCAUGUUAAUGUUUUAUACGAUAUAGUUCGUAACUCUGAUUUAUUAAAAUAAUAGUAAUUUUGCAGUAAAAGAUUUAGUGACUAUUUCUAUUUCUGUAUCGUAUAAUUGAUUAGCUUGUGACCGAGUCUUGUCAUAGAUGGUGCCGCUAAUAUCUGAAAGUGAUUUGUGUGCGUUUGAAACGCGUACAGAGACAUGUUUGUAAAUAUAUCUAUUAUAUAGAAUGCGAAGCUAAGAAAACUGAAAGUGUCCAGGCUGGACUUGUCAUAUAAAGCAAUUAAGUAAAAUGCAUUGCUGCAUACAAUAUUUAGGUUAAGGAUUUACAAUUGUAAAUUUUAAUUGAGUUAUGAUAUUUGUUGGAUCGUAUGUGUAAUAUAUGAAAAAGUAGUUAUAUAUUAUUUUUGUAACGUCUAGCGAGGUUGAACUACGUGUAACAUUGUCGCAGACCUGUACAUGGAAAGUGCUGUUAAGUUAUUGUGAAUUAUGUUCACAUGUGGACAAGUGAUGUUGGAGCAUAAGAGAGAUAUGUGAGCGCGCCGUGCGGUGACCCCGCUAUGAAGAGGAUACACAUUUCUUAUAUCAAUAAUGUAGGGUUAAUGUUAAGUACAAUAUUGUUGAAGUAAUUUUAAACAUAAUGUCAAAAGCACUUAUUGGUUUGUUUGAGUGAUCUAUGUAAAAUCUAGAUCGGACUAUAAAAUGGAGUCUUUAGUAAUAACCUCUAUGUAGUUUUAUUAAAUAAAUUUUAAUCAGAA